AUGUCCACCAAAGUCGACCCCGUUGACACUAAUUUUACAGUCUUCAUACGCCUACCAUUCCCCAGAGGCGAUUUUGUGGAAUGGAAUGCAUCCAAAGAUCAAGCGCUAUGGGAUAUCCUUUCUCGGCCAUCAAAAGGCGAUAUUGACUGGAAAGCUUUGGCAGAGAACUUCGAGGUCACCUUGCAGUUCCUUCUUCAGCAGGCUGCAUGGCUCUAUGAUCGCCAGCUGUCACAGGUUCGGGCUCAAAUGCGCAAGGUCGGCACUACGCAGUCGACCUCUCCUUCUCCGGCUCUAGGAUCUGUCUCUGGUAGUACGGCCUUGUCACAAAAGGAAACGCCAUUACCAGGUUCUCGGGCGCCAUCACGGCAAGUAUCUCACCAGAAAGAUAUCCCUGUCCGAGGUAUGGACCGAAACCCUACCCGUCUGCCCCCCGACAACCGACGUACGAGCUUUACAUCAGCUACAGCUACUAACCAACCUCGCGGAUCCCGGGACCCUGCACGCACCGGCACGCCGACAACCGAGGAGAAAGAACCACGCUGGGAUUCUUUUGGUCGUCGGCCUUCGACUGUCAGACGGGAACAGCCGCCUGUCGCGUCUUUACCCCGGUCUCCAACACUGGAGGAAGAGCCUCUGUCCACGAGCUCGUCGGAGGAAUCUGAAUCCGACGAUGAGGACACAAGGCGUGCACCCCUGUUCAAGCGGUUUGGCAAAUUUUCUACCCACCGGUCUGGUCUCCGGGAUGAUGAGGACGACGAAGAAGACACUCCGGCGUUCCUUCCCAUGGCUCGAGAACACCAACAUACCCAUCUGGAUCGUCCAGGCCAGGAACUCAGCGCCACCCUCCGUUUAGAUGCCGAGCGUGCAGCGGCGCAACGGCGACAUCACGAACAGCGAUCUGGUCCCAGAGUACCCGUUGCUACCGAGUCAUCCACCAGCUCUAUCAGCUCCGGCGGGCGUAGCAGCCUACCCGGUGGACCCAGACGGACCAGCCAGGGGGCAUCGAUCCUGAGCUCACAGCGCGCCGCCGAGCGCCAAAAUUCCCGCAAGUCCACCGCUUCCGGUCGGGAAGCUAGCGACGGUACUCCCAGUAUGGGAAGCAGCUUCAGUGACCUCGACGAUGCAAGCGUUACCCAGUCAGCCUUGGAAGAGGCCCUUCUAAGCAACAUGCAGCAUGGUGGAAUGGCGAGUCGGAUGAGUACCAUUAGCCAAGCCUUGCGCAGCCGGUAUUUGCAGUGA